AUGCCGAUCUCUCUCGCGCAGACGGAUCGACUCAUUGAUUCGCAGAUCAGGCAGCCACCGAACAUUGUUUGGUCUCAGCACAUCGUCGAUCGAUAUAGAACGCUGAUCGCCAUGUGGCUGUCACCAAUGGAGAGCGAUGUCGUAGGCAGGCCAUUAAGCAUGAACGUCCUACACAAUUCGGUCGCUUGUCUUCGCUUUGAUGUCUCCCGACGUCGACUCUUCUCUGCAGAGAUCGACAAGGCAGAUGAACAGCGUCACAGCUUGCAGCGGCAUAUCUGUCUCGGCCAUUGA